AUGCAGCUUCGUGUCCUUAGCCUCCUGCUGCCUGCCUCCGGUGCGCUUGCUUCCCAGAUCCCGCGCAUCGACGACAUCAUCGGCGGCGUUCGCACCAUCGCGCCUCUACGAAACACCGUCGCCAUUCCCAAGAACCAGUACUUUCAAGCUGGCGUUGCUCCCCUCAGGUACAUCGAGAACUCCGGGAUCUGCGAAACCACGCCUGCGGUAAACCAGGCGGUUGGAUACGCAGAUAUCGCGUACAACCAGACCUUGUUCUUCUGGUUCUUCGAGGCACGGAAUGACCCCUAUAAUGCCCCGCUGUCGAUAUGGCUUAACGGUGGACCGGGUAGCUCCAGCAUGCUGGGCCUAUUCCAAGAGCUCGGCCCCUGCCGAGUCACGCUUGAUGGGUCCAACUAUACGCUCAAUCCCUACGGCUGGAAUGAAUACAGCAACAUGAUAUUCAUUGACCAGCCUACUACUGUGGGAUUCUCAUACGGUACCGCCAAUGUCGGGACGGCGAUGGAAGCUGCCGAGGGAGUCUGGACGCUCCUACAGAUGUUCCUGAGCGAUCCAAAGUUCGCGCACCUGCAGAAGAAUCAGUUUGCGGUCUGGACGGAGAGCUAUGGUGGCCAUUAUGGGCCUGCGGUCUCCUACCAUAUCUUGCAGCAAAACGCGUUGAUCGAGGCAGGCAUGCUCCACGGUAUCAAGCUUAACUUCCAGACUCUUGGGAUCGGAAACGGGCUCACCAACCCACUCGUACAGUACCCUCAGUACCUGGCUUACGCUCUUAACAACUCGUACACCGUUCCGCUCGUCAACACUACAGUAUCGACGAAUGCCUCUAUCCACCUGUAUGAAUCUGGUGGGUGCCUAGACCAGAUCUCGGCCUGCUACGACUCGACGUUGCUCAAUGGAUCUCCCAACGACACGGCUUGCUCUGCUGCCCAAUCGUAUUGCAAUCAGUAUGUGCUUAGCCCGCUUGUCGGCAAGUACAACGACUACGAUGUUCGGGUCGUCAACCCAGACCCGUAUCCGCCUGAUUUGACCAACCUGCUUAAUAGCCCUUGGCUGACAAGCAAAAUUGGCAUCCCGAGUUUUGUCAAUUGGACUGAGACGAGCUAUGCCGUAUAUGAGAACUUCGCUGCGACUGGUGACUGGAUGACCAACUCUGCUCCCUAUCUCGAGGCUGUAAUCAACUCUGGUAUCCGGACGACACUGUAUGACGGCGAUACAGAUUACAUCUGUAAUUACAAGGGUUUCGAAGCGGUCACGGCCAACCUCAAUACCAAGUUCAGCUCCAUCUACGCGGCAAAGAACUUUACGCCCUGGACGGUGGAGGGGUAUCCUGCAGGGAUGAUCAAGAAUGCAGGCACGUUUUCGUUCGUUCAGGUCGCGGGUGCGGGGCACGAGGUGCCUGCGUAUGGGAAUGGCCCGCUGCAAGCGGGCCAGGCCGCGCUUGUGUUCUUUACCCAGACGAUGAAGGGGUUACCGAUUACGAGCACCUGA